AAUAUCCGGCGAUCAACAAUGAAGGAUAACAAACAGGGACUAGAAAGACUACCGCUUGUUCAUCUUAAAUGGAAGCCAUACUCCAUGCCUCGCGACACCAAAAAUGUCCGCACCCGCGUACCAGUCAAACAACAGAUUGCUCUUCUCUUCAGUAGAAGACGUGCCGCUGCACGAUGUUAGACUUGACCUGCCAGAUCAUUGCGAAGCUGCCGAUGCGACCAAUUUUGAGUUCAGAGAUGGUGCACAUCAAUUCGAUGGCACGUACACUGUGAAAGACGUCUAUUCAAAGUCUACUGACCACAACCCUGUCCUCAAAAACGGGAACAAUUCAGCCAGCACCCUUCCAGGCGACAUGUAUGACAACUCCGCGAGCAAGUCCCCUAUCCAAAGGGGCAUGACAUCCAGAAGCCAUCGCUUUAUAGGCCCCUUUGCUUCGCUUCGGAGACGCCAAAUCCAACUUGUACGUAACAGUCGCUUUCAUGGCUGGCGUAUGGGUGUUCUCCUCGCAUGCUGCAUGUCGUUUUUCGUUCUAUGUUGCAAUAUUGCUCUACUAGCAGUAGGUACCACCAGAAAUGGUGGCUACAACGUCAGUGAGAGCGGCAUUGUAACAUUGUUCAUUGGCGAUGAAUCGAAAAUCACGAGGUUAAACACGAUAUUCCAUGUCUUCAUCAACGUUUUAAGCUCGCUACUCCUUGCAGGAAGCAACUAUACAAUGCAAGUUCUAAGCUCACCUACCAGACAAGAGGUAGACACAGCUCAUCGCCAGAGAGAUUGGCUUGCCAUCGGGCUACUCAGUCCGCGGAAUUGGAAGCGCAUUGCACGCAAACGUGCAUUGCUAUGUCUCAUAUUGGGGCUCUCAUCCGUGCCUCUGCACUUGUUUUACAACGCUACUAUCUUCAAAGUCGUCGUGCGGAACAUCUAUUCCUCAUCGGCUAUAGAUAUGCAUUCGUCGAAUUACACUGCCCUUGCAGCGAAUACAUCAUACGUCAAGCUUACCAACGAAGAAUGGAAAUCAUCUUUUAGUGGAAUGUACUCGUCGAGCUAUUCAAACCUGAUACUCGUGUUUGAUGAAAUCGAAGUUACAACCACGUACAACAGAACGAGGCAACCGAAAAUGAUUUCAAUCACGCGAGGAGAUUUCUCGUUCGUUUACGGCGCUGGAUACAACCUGGCCUCUAAAAUAUCAGAAUCGAAUCGACUCUCCUGGACAGAGCGUAGUUCAGCCACGCCUGGCGUUUCGAUACACAUCGCACACGCGCUAGCAGCGCCUUCCCAUACACGGAGUCGAGUACAACUAAGUCUAAAUUUCAUGAUCGUAGUGAUCUCUGCAAAUUUUUUGAAGCUAUUGAUUAUGCUGGGCGUGCUGAUUACCGAUCGAUCGAACUACCUGGUUACCUUGUACCUUGGGCGACGCUGCGACAUCAUUCCUAUCGAAUCCGGAUCCUACCACGGAAGGGAAAUGUCUGCUGGAAGACGAAGCGCUCACCCAUGAAAACAAACCUCAUGGUCAAUUACCUCAAUCAGACGGCGGUACUGAAGAUGUUUUGAGGGACCACCGGCUUCUUUCAGAGACCGCAACUGACCACGUAUGGCAUUCACGUACACUUCGCUACUUUGCUUUGAUCAGGAACGAACAGGCGAGGUUCACUU